AUGAGUCGCAGCAGGAUUGAGGAGAUCGCUUAUCGCAAGGGCAUCCGGCUCGAUAUGGAGCGCAUGUCGGUCCCGACGCCCAACAAGGCACAGGCUGUCUCUGAGCCUCAAGAGGGGCUACCCAAUCCCAGCCUGAGCAGAGAAGGAGAUCGUGGAGAACAUGAACACAGUCCUGCUGUAGCCGAAGACUGCUCAUCUCUUCACAUACUUGCCGAUGCUGCUUCCCAGGUUGCCGCCUGUAGGGAUGCGGAAAGUGCUGCCGCCUGGGUUCUCGUAAAGAUGAGUCGUGGUGGCGCGGAAUAA